AUGGUAGAAUUGGGCGUGAUGAUUGCUCGACCAAAUGACUUCCUCGAGUUAUGGUUCAAGGAUCCCUACGCAGCUGUCAACACCAGCCCGUCACCUUACACUAUCAAAUUGAGUGAAGUGAACAUUGAAUUGCUCCGGGAGUUAUCCCUGCCGGCGUGGAAUAAUGCGAGCGAGACGGUGGCCAUCAUUGUGCCCUACAGAGGACGACUGAAGCACUUGUUCAAUUUCCUAACUCAUAUGCUGCCCUUCCUGGGCAAGCAGAGGAAACAGUUUGUCAUAAUCGUCACGGAGCAGGCGGGUGAGGAGUCAUUUAAUCGCGCCAAACUCUUCAAUGUGGCUAUCAAGGAGAUAAGGAUGAGUGAACCCGGUGACCGAUUGUAUGGAAUAGAGUGUUUCAUCCUCCACGAUGUCGAUAAAAUACCCUCUUCUCCGUCUGUUCUCUACGAAUGUGGGCAGAACGUUCGUCAAUUGGUGACUGCAUUUCGAUCUGGAGCUUACAUAAACCGACGAGUCAUCAUCAUCAUCAUCAUCAUCAUCAUCAUCAUUAUCCUCCUCCUCAUGAUCUUCCAUGUUCUUUUUUGCAUUUGCAGGUUGUACAAGGAAUUUUUAGGGGCAGCGACAGCCUUCACGUGGGACCACGUGAGGAAGAUGAAUGGUGCCUCAAAUCUCUUCAGCGGUUGGGGCGGUGAAGAUGAUGAGCAGUUGGUGCGACUCCAGCUAAACAAUAUCACGGUCGAUCGAGUUCGAGGCCCGGAUGGAAUUUUUGAUGAAUUUGACGCAGAACACGCACGAGACCGUAAUGCAGACAGACUUAACUUGCUUGCCGCUAGGCAUGUCAAAGCACGCUGGAGAAACGAUGGCAUUAGGCAAACACAUUACAAAGUUCUCAGUAGGAUUAACUACGACCAAUUUGUUUGGCUUCUCGUGGCCAUUUGA